AUGUCGGCCCGUUCCGAUGAGCCAGGGCGGCUUUCGGCCCGAAGCCCGCUCAAUGACGGCGCAGAGGAGCGUCAGCCGCUGCUGACGGCAGCGUCCUCGCCUUCAGCUGCUGCAUCGCCCGCCGUCAACGCCGUCGGCGACGCCGAGAGGCAGGCCAGCCCGCGAAACAAGGCCAUGUCGGCGAGGGCCGCGACGCCGUUGCCGUGGCGCAAGCUGUCGAUCCUGAUGGCCAUGCGCCUGGCCGAGCCCAUCAGCUUCACCGUCAUCUUCCCCUUUGUCAACGCCAUGGUCUACGAGAUCGGCGCGACCCGCGACAAGGCAAAGGUCGGCUACUACGCCGGCCUCAUCGAGAGCCUGUUUGCCUUUGCCCAGUGCUGCACCAUCCUCUUCUGGGGCGGCCUCUCGGACCGCGUCGGCAGGAAGCCCGUCCUCCUCUCGGGCCUCGUCGGCGUCUCGUGCUCCAUCAUCCUCUUUGGCCUCUCGCGCACCUUUAUCGCCGCCGUCUUCUCGCGCGCCCUCGCCGGCGCCAUCAACGGCAACGUCGCCGUCGUCAAGAGCAUGGUCGGCGAGCUCACCGACCAGACCAACCAGGCGAGGGCCUUUAGCCUCCUCCCCCUCGUAUGGUCCAUCGGCUGCUUCAUCGGCCCCCUCCUCGGCGGUUACCUCUCCAAGCCCGCCCAGCAGUACCCCGCCGUCUUUGGGCCGGGCGCACCGCUGGAAAUGGACGGGUUCUGGCAGACGUACCCCUACUUCCUCCCCUGCGCCGCCUCGGCCACCAUCACGCUGCUCAGCAUGCUGUUUGGCUCCGUGCUCCUCGAAGAGACGCUUCCCAGCAAGCUGCAGGCAAAGGAACAGCGGCGACGGGGGCAGCAGCAACAGCAGGCCGAGGUCAGGGCAGGUGGGCAGCGUCGCCCUUCUGCGACCGGCAGCACGGCUCACGUCCGAGCGGCAUCCGCCGCGCCUUCAACCAACGACAGCCGUUAUGGCGCCACCGCGACGCAGCCCAACCCCCUCGCUCAGGCCGCUGGCAUGCGCCCCAUCACGGUACGCCACAAUCGCGGCCGUUCGACGGCGCGCGUCCUCGCCCACGUCCAGAGCUGGGCCAGCGGCUUCACGCCCUCGGGCUCGCCAGCGGGGAGCCGCGACGCCAGCCGGGCCGUCAGCCGUUCCGCUUCACCGACCCGCCAGAGUCAGGUCGGUUGCGCCGCUCCGACAAGGGAGAGCGCUGCAGCUGACCGCUCAGCGAACCCCGAAGCGACUUCCGCCGACGACGCGGACGAUGCCGCCAAGCCGACGGGCAUCCUCGGGCUGCUCUCUAUCCGGCAGAUCCAGAGCGUGCUGCUGUCGUACGCCUGCCUCUCGUUCAUGGCCGUGGCGCUCGACGCGGUGCUGGUCCUGUACCUCUUUGAGCCCAUUGAGCUGGGCGGGCUCGGCUUCGACACCGAGCACACGGGCAUCCUGCUCAGCCUGACGGGGCUGGGCGGCAUCAUUGUCCAGCUCGUCCUCUUUCCGCCACUGCACCGCCGCAUGGGGUCGCUCAAGCUGUACCAGGCUUCCAUGUGGGCCUUUCCGCUCUCGGUCACGCUCCUCCCGCUCGCCAACGGCAUCGCCCGAGUCGGUCUGGCGGCGUCGUCGUCGUCGCGGCUGAGCAGCACCGAUGCGUUUCUGCUUUUCGAGGCCGAGGGCGGCGGUGGGAGGAGCAGCGACCUGCCGCCAAAGUACGUCGCGCUCGUUUGGACCGCCGUCGUCUUUGCCAACGCGCUCAAGGUCGUGGGUGGCAUGGCGUUCAGCUCCAACAUGAUCCUCGUCAACGAGUGCUCGCGGCUCACCAAGGGCGCAGCGCUGGGUACGCUCAACAGCCUGGCGCAGCUAUCGGCGAGUCUGACGAGGGCAAUAGGUCCGUAUGUCGCCUCGACGCUGUUCGCCUUUAGCGUAUCGCACAACCUCCUCGGCGGCCAGUUUGUCUGGCUCGUCCUCUUCGUCGCCGGUCUACUCGGCUCCCUCACCUGUCUCCUCAUCCGCGACCUCGAAAAGGAGCGAGAGGACCAGCAGCAGCAGCAGCAGCGUCAGCUCCCCCAAGCAGCGGCGGUGGCUGAGUAG